AUGUUUUACGUUAUCGGUCUGGGACUGAGCGAUGAGAAGGAUAUAACUGUCAAGGGGUUAGAGGCUGUCAAACGUUCAGAAAGGGUUUAUCUAGAAAGUUACACAUCUAUAUUAAUGGUUGAUAAAGAGAAACUUGAGGGUUUCUAUGGUAGAGAAGUCAUAACAGCAACGAGAGAAUUGGUUGAAUUGGAAGCGGAUGAAAUUUUGAAAGAUGCAGAUAAAGUUGAUGUCGCAUUCUUGGUAGUUGGUGAUCCAUUAGGCGCUACAACCCAUACCGACCUAUUGCUUCGAGCACGAUCACUUGGACAUCCGACAGAAGUAAUACACAACGCAUCUAUCCUUACUGCAUUAGGCUCGACUGGUUUACAAAUGUAUUCAUUCGGUCAAACUCUUUCAUUAGUGUUCUAUACCGAAACUUGGAGACCUGAUAGCUGGUAUGAUCGUCUGGAGGAGAAUUUGAGACUGGGUGUGCAUACGUUGGUUCUGUUAGAUAUAAAGGUUAGAGAACAAAGUGAGGAGAAUAUGGCUCGAGGCCGACUGAUAUAUGAACCACCAAGAUUUAUGAACCCAGCUCAAGCAUUCUCACAGAUUCUUUUAACCGAAUCACUUCGUCACCCUUCGUCACCUUCUGACUCAGACAAAUCAGAACUAGAAACAAAUGCAGGACCACAAACAGACAAAGGAUCAAUAUCGUUAUUACCGCCAGACCAAACACUUGCAAUAUCACUCUCUAGGAUCGGUACACCCACACAAAAAUUGAUAAGUGGUACAUUAACUGAAUUAUCGAAAUUAUCAGAUGAAGAAUUUGGUGAUCCAUUACAUUCAGUAGUUAUCGUUGGAAAAAGAUUGCAUCCUUUGGAAUUCGAAUAUGCUGGUAAAUUCGCAGUGAACGGUGAAAAGGGUGAUUGGUGGAGAGUCGGUCAACAAAUUUAUGGUGUCGAGAGGGAGACUUUCUGA